AUGACAGACUUUUCCCAAGAUACUAUGGCCUCCAUAUCUUCUCCUAGAAAUGAUGGUGUAAGCCCAAUAGAGUCGUCUUUGGAACCUUUCAGCAUAGAUCCAGAUAAUGAAUCCGCACUGAUACACUCAAAUACAUGGUCGCAACAACCACAACAACCACAAUAUACACGAAUACAGGAUCAGUCACCAAAAUCUACAUCUGAGUCACCCCAAGUUCAUAUUCCUCUGUUAAAGAGAAGAAGAGUUACCCGUGCAUGUGAUGAAUGUAGACGCAAAAAGAUAAAAUGUGAUGGUAAACAGCCGUGUACUCACUGCACAGUAUAUAACUACGAUUGUACCUAUGAUCAGCCCUCCAAUAGACGCAGAAAUCCGACUCCGCAGUAUAUUGAAGCCCUUGAAAACCGUGUGCGACGAGCCGAGGCCCUAUUAAACUCUGUUUUUCCAGGCCUCGAUAUAAACGAUCCAAAAAUUAAUACCUUAAUUCACCAGAAAAAUCUAGCGCACUAUAGUAUAGAUCAACCGCAGUCACAAUCUUUAAUAGACAUAACCAGUGAGUCAAAAACUGAGAACAAAGGUAUGAUAUUGUGCUCUCCAGUCGACGGUACCGGGCGCCUCAAUCAGGAUGGGAGUGGAAACUGGGAUUUUCAUGGAGAAUCAUCUGGUAUAGGUUUCCUUCACCAGAUCCAGGAACGUGUGUAUGGAUUUUUGAGUGAUGAUAAAACUCCAUUAUUUCCAAAUUCCACUCCAGAUAUGCUUUCAUCUUGUGCUGCGCUGACAUUUUCUCCUCAACCUCCGUACAAGCCACCUGGCUUACCGGACUUACCGCUUCGAGAGACAGCGGAGGCUUUAUGUAAAGCCGCUUUUAGCAAGACUUACUUUUUAUAUUGUUUUGUACAUUUGCCUACUUUUUAUGAAACUUUAGACAAAAUAUACGAGCCUCCUCGCGAUACAUCUGAUGAUAGCAACAGCCAAUUUUUUGCUCUUCUUUUUGCCAUACUUGCUCUUGGUUAUAUAACUCAAAAAUAUUGUCAUGAUAGUUACUCUAGACAAGAAACCCAGGAAAUUGGAAUGGAUGUGAAUGAAGGGCAUAAAUAUUUUACAUGUGCAAGAAGUGCCAUGGAUAUCACCGACUGUCGAAAUAUUCCACAGCUUCAAGCUAUUUUGUUCAUGAUUCUUUAUCUUCAAUCAACUGCCGACUUGAAAGUAUGCUAUUCCUACAUUGGAAUGGCACAGAGAUCGGCAAUCCGAAUGGGGCUAAAUCGUAAUUUAACUAAUGAGUGUAAUAAAAUCGAAUGUGAAGUAAGAAGGAGGAUAUUCUGGGUUAUUCAAAAGAUGGAUAUCUCAAUAUCAGCUGUGCUUGGAUAUCCUAAGGUUCUUGAUUAUGAUGACAUUGAUCAAGAUAUGCCCAUAGAGGUUGACGAUGAGUAUAUCACCAAGAAUGCCGUGUUACCUGUACCAGGAGGAAAACCUUCACUAUUACUCCAGGCAUCAAAUGCUCAUACAAGAUUGAGCUUAAUACUAGCAAAAGUCAUUAGAUACAUCUACCCGACGAAAAACGUUGAGAAAUCUGUCUAUGAAGUUCCAAGCACUGGAUAUGCUAUUGAUCACGCUCAAAUUCACGAUAUUGAAGAUGAUCUCACACACUGGCUGGAAAAACUACCCACGAGCCUUCGUCCAGGCGGCGAUGAAGGUAUUGAGAGUAUUAGCACACAGCAGUUUCUGCGUCUUUCCUAUGCACACGUUCAAAUGAUGCUGUACAGGCCAUUUUUGCUUUGCUUUUCCAAGAAAGACUCCGCAACGGAAACUAGAAACAAAAAAUCGCUUGCUUGUGCAGCAGCCUGCGUCAAGGUCUCCCGCAAUAUUAUUCGCAUUGUUAGAGAUUUGACAAAGCAUAGAAUAAUGGUUGGGCCUUGUUGGUUUAUGAUAAAUACAACCUAUUUUGCCAUCUUGUCUUUGGUGUACUUCGUAUUGGAAAAUACCGAUGCAUCUAGUUCACCUGAUAUUCUCUAUGAUAUUCUUCUUGGCCAAGAAGCGCUGGGUGUGUUGGCACAAAGUAGCCAGGCUGCUCGCAGAUGUUUGGAUACCCUGAAGGCUUUAUCUGAAAAGCUGUCGACAAAACUUCACUCUAUCAGUAGUUAUCCAGUAACACCGGCAAACAAAAAAAGGCACGUAUCUUACUCAACUGCUUUGACGGAUGGAAGUGUUCAAAGUCGUAUGAUGUCACCUUCACACUCAUGCUUUUCCUUAGAAUCUUGCCCUUCUUCUGCGAUGACCAAUCAAACAUCGCCUUUUUUUGUUCCUAGUACUACCCAAGCUUACACCCAACUACAACCACCUCGAUUCGGCGAAGAAAACCUUACCACAUUUUCUGUAUCCGGCUUUAAAUUUCCGGAUAUUUCUCAUGAGAUAAAUUCACCAACUAAUUCCUGUGGAAUGAGGGCACACAAUCUUGGCCGAUCUAGGCCAAGUAUGGCUCUACAACGACGUUUUACUUCACAACUUAGUAAUGGUCAUUCAUUUCCGGAGUUUAAGCCUGUCAUAUUUCCUUCAACCGACCCAUUUAGGUUUGAAAGCCAGCAGAUUUCACUCUUUGACAAUGGAAAGUGCAAUUCUGAUCAGGCUACAAAUAAUAAGCAACAAGACUUGUUUCAUUGCAGCACUUCGGUCAAUGAAGAAUGUGCGUAUGGUGAGCUUGACGGUCAAAUAAUGGGGCCUCUACCUCCAUAUCUUGUACCAGUCCAAAGCACUCCUAUAGUUCCCACAGAUAUUAGCGUCACAAAUGUGACCAAUGGAAGCCUAAUUCAGAAUUUCAGUUACAAUAAUGAGAUAUCUAGUGCAGGGGGAAUUCCUGAGCUAGAUUUAUUUUCAGAAGAAAGCAGAGGCACGUGGAACGAGGAUUGA